CACCUCUUUUUUUAUUUCUCCGCAUACUUUUUAUUUCCUCCCCCUCUUUUUUCAUUUCCCUCUCCAUCUAAAACGGGCUAACAAUCGGCGAAGAGGGCGGCGUCGCCCCCUUGGGCUCGGCGAUCGCGUUGCUCGCCGAGACCGAGGCCGAGAUCGAGCAGGCUAGGUCAAAGGCCCAAUCUUCCUCCUCCUCAUCCAAAACCUUAGAUUCAGAUUCCCCUCCUCAGUCGGGUAAUCCAGGUGUAGAUGUCUCUUCUGCUAGUAGGGUUGAUGAAGACGACAAGCUUAAGGCAUUAAUUGAAACGCCUGCACUUGAUUGGAGCCAGUGAGAAACUUGUGUUGAUUGAUUUCUAAGUUGAUCUGCUUAUUAAAUUGUCUUAAGUUAUUGUUUAAGUCAAGGACAAGAUGACUUUGGCGGUAGAGGCUUUGGAAGAGGCUUUGGGAGAGCGAUGAUGCCUGGUCGUGGCUUCGGUCGUAGUGGGUUUGAAAGGAAGACACCUCCUCCCGGAUACAUCUGUCACCGAUGCAAAGUUCCUGGCCAUUUUAUUCAGCAUUGCCCUACAAAUGGCGAUUCAAAUUAUGACGUUAGAAAGGUUAAACCACCUACUGGUAUCCCAAAGUUAUGAAAGACGUUGCAUUAACUAUCAAAUGCUGCUUCAGGAGCUUCUGUGACAAGUUGGUGACUGUUAAUGAUUAUUUGGCACAACGUGAUGCUGAGUGGAUGGGUCAAAUUCAUUGCUUCCUUGGCCUUUCUGUUGGUCUCAUACAGAGGGGCAUGGAUGCUGCAGAGAGAAGAUCCAACUAUAAUUGUGACAUAACAUAUAUAAACAAUUCGAAGUUGGAGAUGGAUGGUGAAGCUGGGAAGAAGAAGCCUGAGACGUGACGAAGAAAAGGCUUGCAACGUUGAUAAGACAUGGGUUCUCUGUAGUCUUUAUUGUUCAAGUUUACUUAAUCAUGAUUGUUGGAUUUGUUAAUAAAACAUGUGUCAAAUACUUGUUAUUUUUUUAAGAGAAUUGUGUUUAAAUUUAUUUACUAAUGUUAUUAUUUGUUUUAUUUUAA